CAUUCACCAGUCUAGAUGAUCCCCAAUUUGAGUUUUGGGGACAAAACUCCUUUUUAGGAGGGGUGGAUGUGAUACCCCAAAAAUUUCUAGGAUAAAUAAGUAGUUUGAAAAAAUGUCCUCAGAAGGAGCAGAAAGUGUAGUUGGGAAGGGGGUGAGAGGAGAUGAGGGGGUGGAGGUUGGGGAGAGAGAGGUGGUAGAGGUGGGGAGGGAUGAGGUGGUAGAGGUGGGGAGGGAUGAGGUGGUAGGGGUUAGGGUAGAUAGCAUACCUAUCACCGUAGUAGAAGUAGAGGGUAGAGGAGAGAGGAAUUACGAUGUUCAUGCAGAAAUAGUGGAGGAGGUGAAGCAAUACAGAUCUGAGCUAAGGACCAGGGAUAGCUUGGGUCACUUAGUAGAAAAUUACGAAAUCUCGUCUCGAGUGUUAGUUAGGCCAGCUGGGGUAGAGGAGAGGGCGUGCUCUGCUCCUCGGGAUCACUGGAUGCCUGUGUAUUCCCACUAUUUGAUAGCGGGACUCAGGUUUCCACUUCCUGAGUUGCUAAUAGGUUUACUAUUAGAUUACAGCAUAGGGUUGACACAGUUGGUCCCCAACGCAAUGAGGGGGGGAAGUAGGAGGGAUAAGGGGUGGUAUUAUUUCACCCCCAGGGUAGCUAAAAAGGAAAGUAGGAUUUUAUUCACUGCAGGUCCUUCAUCCAUUAAGGGAUGGAAGAAAAAAUUCUUUUUUGUAGAUGAUACGGAGUGGGGGAAGGGGGAUACCGAGGGGGGAGAUGUGUUGAAUAUCAUGGACCUCACCAGCGCAGCAUGCAUAGAAGCUGCUGAGCUCUAUGGGCCAAGCGCUCUGAGUGAAGCUGAAAUGGACCAGUUUUUAAAUACUGCUGGAGGAGCGCCCAUCCCCAAGAAGCCAAGGAAGAAGUCAAAGACUUCGACCAAGCAAGUGGAUGAGGGGAGGGCUGGGAAGGAGAUGGUGCCCUUGGUUUCAGCUGAGACAGAGGAGGAGGUGCCGCCGCUGAAGAGGAAGGGUUGGGAGGAGAGGAGGGCACUGCAGAAGAAGCAGAAGGUGGUGGAGGAGGAUGAGGGGGAUGAGGUUCCUGAGGAAGGGGCCUAUUCCCCCACUGAGGUCUCAGAGCAGCCUGUUCGAGGUGAAGAACAUAACGGGGGCCAGGUGGUUCAUCAACAACACCUUCCCCGAGGUGGACCAAAGCAACGCGUGACAGGAAGCUCUGAGAGCGCGAGUUGGGUGAAUGGUCUAGCCCAGGAAUUCAGGGAGAGCCUGAUGGAUCGUGCACUCUUGCAGAGGCAGCGAGACCAGCUGCAGAAGGAGAAGGAAGUGUUGGAGAAGAAGAAUAAAGAUCUGCAAGAGUCGUUGGACGAGGUGGUUCCAACUCUGAAGCAAUUGGAGCAGGAGAGAUCUUCCCUGAGCACCAAGUUCGGCUUUGAAGAGAGCAAACGAAAGAUAUCUGAAAGCGAGCGUGAGGUUCAGGCGCAAGAACUAAAGCUGACGAAGGAGGCUUUCUUGGAGCUAAAGGGGAAUGUGCAGACCUUGGAAGAAGGUAGGAAGAAGGUGAAGGCAGAAUAUCCCGAAGUGGAUAUUACGAAGAUCACCUUUGGAGAGCAAGAAGAAGGGGUGGAGGAAGAUGGUGAAAGCAUGUCAGCAGACUUCCGUCCUCAGAUCAAACUGAGGUGGGAGGAUGAUGCAAACGGGCGUGUUGUUUUCCCUCCACAGUUCGACUUCAAGUUCGUGGCAGUGGAGGAAGAAGGGGCAGAGGUAGAGGAAGAUGAGAUGGAGGCAAGAGUGGAGGGAGCUGAAGUGGAUGAGAACCAACCAGUUCUAGAAGUAGAGAUUCAUCCAGUUCCUUCUGACGAUGAUCAGCCUCCUCCGCCAGACGAGCAGCAGCCAACACAGCCACCUCCUCCAGCUGAGUAGGAGCCAAUGCAGUCACCUCUCCAGCAGAGAACUUUUGUUUUUUUAAGUUUUGUAAAACAUUGAAACAAUUUGUAAUUCUUCCUUGAAUGAAAAUUCAUUUUUAAAAUCAUGUGUUUGUUUGUGUUUGCUUUACAUUUUUGUUAUUAUUUUUUAUUAAUAAAAGAACUGAGAUUAU